AUGGUGGAGGUAACAGCUGCAGGUGAUGUCUUCACUCUUUGUAUGAAGCACAGAUCAGCCUUAGGAAUCAUGUGGUUUAUUUUGUCGCAUUCUCCCGACUUACAACGCCUUUGCCUCUCAUUCUUCCCUCCAUCGUCCCCAUUGCCCCUAUUUCCUUCCAUAUCCAUCAUACCCAUCUGCUCACACCAUUUCCAAAAUAAACCUGUCACAAAAACCCAUCGUCACCUUCUGCGCCUCCUUCAGGUAUCGGCGGCGCUGUGUAUCGUGGCGUCGGCUGCGAAUCAAGACGCGUCCGAGUAUCCCGAGGGUUACUAUGCCUUUGAGGAAGCCCCUGGGAAGACGCCGCCGAAGGUCCGGAAGCCUCCUUAUCUGCAGUCGAAGAUCCCGUGUAAAGGAGCCCUGGAGACGGACGAGGAGGCCAAGCAGAGCCUCAACAACCUGUGCGGCGACCUGAACGAGGGGCGGCUUCCCCUGAACCCCAUGGGCCAGUCUGUCCUCGGCCACUCGUACCCCUUCGACCUGAUCAAGAACAUGACGCUGGACUUCUUUAGCAAGACGCUGCCGAUCCUCAAAGAGGACAAGACGCUGCCCAAAGUGGCCAAGCUGAGGAGCCGCAACGUCCCCCUCAGAGACCAGUUCCGCGUGAUCCGGCGCCCCGUCCGCUCCUCCGGCGAUGAGCCUCCCGCAGACGCCCUGCAGCAGGAGGGCGAGACGGAAGGCGCGAAGGAACCUGCGAUCGUGACGGAGGCGGAGGCCGGGGCGGAAGGCCGUUCCCUGGGCGACAUCUCCGAGGGAGUUUCUGCCAGGCGCGCCAGGGCCUUCUGCGACGACAACUGGGGCUUGUUCUGCCUUCUCUACAACACCAUGUCUGGCAAGAGCGCGUCCGGAGGCGUGGCUCAGGACCGCAACGACGACGACUUCGACAGCUCGCUCAACGGACUCGGAGGAAACCUGGGCGGGAUGCAGCCUCUCACGCCCUGUCCUUCCGCCGUGGAAUACAUCACGCCCGUUUUCGCCAGGAAUUAUCAGGGCGUGUGGCGCUACGUGGUGCAGAUUCCCUACGAGGGAUACUUCACACAGACGGUCGAAGUUACUCAGUGCUUGUCUGGCAAAUGCUAUUACCUCUCUGGCGCGUGUCUGGCCUCGCCUCGCUGGGUGUCGCUCCUGGUGGCCGAAAUCUACUACCCGGACGUCGUGUUCCCGGCGGCGACCGGCAAGCGACCCAACUUCAGCCGCGCCGCCGUAUCCUCCGAUGGGCCGCCCACGCCCUUCCUGCAGCAGCGGCAGGGCGUCGCAGGAACCACCAGCCCCGUCACGCCCCACUACUGCGAUGGUCAGGACGAAAUCGGAUGCUUCCAGGUACGACUCUACUACGACUGGUUCCUCAUCCCCGGGUCGUGCAAAUGCUGGAAGCAGGAUUACUUCGCUCAGUUCGCUUACCGGAAGUAGACAGUCUUCGUCACGACUGAAACGACCCGAUUCUGCACGCUGCCUGUUGGCUUUCUCUCACUUCUGUCCUCUUUUUUUUUUCUUUUCAUCUUUUUCCUUGAUUCUUCUUCUAUUGAGCUGCGAAAUUUCCCGAGGACCAGUCUCUUUUUCCUGGGAGGAAUCGUUUAGUCAGUUCUGUUGUACAAAAAGAACAUUCCCUUAGAUAUUUGUAUGCUCAACUCUUCAUGUGAUUGCAUUAAACAAUUUGUAUAUGAAACGACAGGAUAUCACAGGUGAAUUCUCGAAGGUUCAUCGUAGUGUUAUUGUAAGGCUAUUAUUUCGCUUUUUCAAAGUCCACAUUCUGAUCGUAUCAUCCUGAGCACAAAUAAGAUCUGCUGAUUCCGUUUUCUGUUAACAUUGGUAGAUACUUAUUUUGAAUAGUCACGUAAGGUUUCAUUCAUUCCUUUUAUUCUCUGCACGAAAUUCAAACAUGUCUACGUCAAUACCUUCCAGUAAUUUAUAUCAUAUUAAGAGAAAAGAUAUUGUCUUUGGUUGUAAUGUCACUUCCGUUUUCUUGAUGUACCACUUCGUAGAUAUCACAUUACUCUUAGGUGUUCUAUGACUAGAUAUAUGGCACUGUACACUUGUAAGCGUAAGGUAUGUGGAGACAGUGAAGGGCAGGAAGUUAAGGAAGCCCGUUUCAUUUUUCUUGACUGAUUGUACUCAAUAAUCACCCAAUCAUUACUUGUCAUCAUAUCCAUUAAUCGUUACUGUUAUUUCAUAUCAAUUUUAGGUAUCACUGAGCAGACUAAAUGGUGUACGACUACAUGAUAUAUAUAUUUCCAAAUCCUCUUUCUGGACAUCGGAGGUGCGCAUUUAGAAACCUUACCCCAUGCAAGUUUAGUAACUAGUAUAAUUAAAUUAUGAUAGUGGUUGAAAAAUCAACUAUACACAAUAAGUUUACUGAAAGAUAUAACCGGUCUGAAGUCGUAGAGCAGAGAAAAGGGGAGAAAGAGGAGAAAUACAGUACAAGGAGAACAUGUGAUCUUCCUUUUCCUUACCUACCCUUCUCUCCUAUUUUGUGAAUAGUGUUCUCUAUUCCCCUAGGGCGACUGAUAAGAAUUACACAAAUCCCGGAGUUGGAUUACCUUUACAGACACUAUUGGAAGCAAAACAUAUGAAAAUGUUCAAAUGCAAUGACAAUAAAUCAACAACUAAGCAAUGUGGAGAUAGAGCAUACACAGGAAACUAGCAGUCAAAUUGACAAGGUCACAUAGACCGAACUGAUUGUUUUCUCUGAUUACACUCGGCUAUUUGUUAAUGUACAUAUUGUAGGUUAAGAUUGUUUUUAUCGAUUUCUAUUGGCAUUCCACUGAUGUAUAAGUUACACAUAAAAUAAAUCAAGUAAAGUU